AUGACCAGGCAACUACGCUCUCGAGUUUCGCGUCCCAAUUAUGCUGCUUUGCUUCAAUUUGAUGAACCCGAAGACGCUGGUGCAGGUCCUUCCAAUGCGCCCGCUCCUGUAGCUGAAGAGGGCGACAGCGGCAGCGAUUUCGAGCCAGACCAGCAAGGGCAGGAUGAAAAUGAAGACAUACCUUUGGAUGCAACGGAAGAAGAGGACGAAGACUUCGCAAACCAAGAAUCAGAACGCGAGCUUUCAAUUGCGGCAGUGGCGGCUCCUGAGACUCGGCGUAAGGCUCAGAGGACUGCUCAGACGCGAAAAACUCGAACAGUCCCACUUAUUUCUGAGCCUUCUUCCCUCUCUACUCAGCAACCGUCUGUCUUCCCCAGUCUUCAUCAUCGACAUAGAGCGGUGCCCAUUUAUAGACGUGAUGCACCAGUGGAACGACUUGUCAAGCGUCCUGUGCCAUUUUCUUCUCCGUCGACUGUACCCACUAAUAGCUGGUCGUAUGAGCCGAUUGUUGAUAUUCUCAACAAGUCGUGGGGCUUCAAUGUCGGUCCUGGACCAUUAUGGGAGCUCAUGGAGGACAGGGGAUGGUACAAGGAAUCAAUGAGUUCAGGCGGCGAAGAGACGGCGGCUGAGAGGAAUCGAAGACCGAGGGUAUUUGAGACGAUUAGGGUACAGGAGCUCGAAGUGAUUACUGCACAAGAGGCUUCUUCGUAUCUGCCGACCGAUGUGACUACUACGGAAGAGGGAGCAUUGAAACUCCCAUCCCCAAUUCCGUGCUCGUUUGGGCCGUUUGGAAAACAAAAGCGAGUGGACUUAAAGAUGUUUGAAACUCUCAAACUUGCCGACCUCUUUCCGGAGAGCAAGUCUCACGUCUUCAAUCCUGGAGCUCCAGUGUGGGGCAUAGACUGGUGUCCUAUUCAUGUUGAUGACCGUUCGAGCCAUUCACACAAGCAAUAUCUGGCGGUGUCACCCUUUCCCACAAGAUCAUACGCACCGACAAUUGGGAAACGUGCACAUAGACCCGCCUAUUCAUGUAUACAAAUUUGGUCCCUGAAACCGAGCCUGGACGCGAUGCAUAUUGACGGCGAUGAAGACAAGCAUCGCAGUCAUGGGCCCGAAGCUACUAUUGAUGCUGGAGAGAUGCAAUGUGAAAUGGUCUUGUGCGUUGAUUGUGGACCGGCAUUUGAAUUAAAGUGGUGCCCGUUACCAUCUAAUGAUUUUCAUGAGACGCGGAAUCACAAGGACAAAUUUUCUUCCCCCAAACUGGGAAUAUUGGCGGGCACGUUUGAAGAUGGGUCGCUGUCUCUCUUCGCUGUCCCUGAUCCCGCCAGCCUCACUCCCAAAGACGAUGAUACGUCUCCGCCGACUUUUGUGAAGGUCGAGCCAUUACUUCGUAUCGAGUUGGAAGACACUCUCUGCUGGGCAAUAGACUGGGCUAAUAGCGAACUUAUUGCAGUGGGCUGCACUAACGGUCAGCAUUCCGUGUAG